CCGCGCCCCUCCCCCAUGAUGAAGCGCGACCUCAAGGACGUCACUCGCGAGUACGCCAGCGACCUGCGGCGGAGCGGCGAGAAAAAGAUGAAGGGCGAGCACGUCGUCGAGAUCCUCACGCGGCAGCACGGCGGACGCUAUCCGGUGGCUAUGAACGAUGGAACACGGCCAACCGUCUGCGGUGCGCUAAGAGAGGCACUCGGCAAAGCUCCGUACGACAAGCUCUGCUUACCGCCGAAAAAGGGCGACUUCAUCGUGCCGGAGCUUCCGUCUGAUGCGGCGCCCGAUGUGGUGGCGGCGCCGCCCUCGCUUAAAGCACUGUACACGCGCUUCCCGGAUAACGCGGCCGACCUGCUGCGAGAUGGCGCGCUGCUGGUCCAGCUGCUCAAUCCGGCGGAGGUGAGCACCGUCCUUCACCAACUGUCCACACAGAAGACGGACAAGAAGGCGCCGCGCAGGCUGGAUCACUCACAAGGGAACGGGUACGCCGGAGAGUACGCGGAUCUGACGAAGCCGCUGCCAGACCUCCUGCAGCGCUGCCAGGACGCGGCGCGGAAAUGGCUCAUCGACCAUGCAGGCCCGCUUUGCGAGGUGAAGAGGAAGGAAAAGAGGGGCGGGACGGACGUCACUGUGACCAUGUCUGGCAAGGACGCGCUGGACAAGUCCAAGGCCCUGCUGCUGCGGUACGGGUUGGGCGGCAUCAACUUCGCGCACCGCGACUCGUGCGGCGACUUCCAGGCCCUGCUCCUCCUCUCGCAGCCGGGCGUCGACUAUACGGGUGGCGAAUUCUACCUGGCCGACGCCAACCCACCGUUUGAAACGCAGCCCUUCCCCUUUGCCGCCGCGGGCGAGCUGCUCCUCUUUCGCGGCCGCCAGGGCCACGGCGCGGUCGAGUGGAAGCACGGCAUGCAAGAGGUGAAGGCCGGCAGUGCGAAAGUGACGCGUCGCGUGGCGGUCGGGUUCUUCCAGUAAGUACUUUGCGCGCGCCUGGUCUGAA